AUGAACGAGAACGGUCAUCAGUCGCCAUCGGGAUUUGAAGAUGCUCGGAGUAGGCUUCGACAGCGUUGGGAGUUGGCUUCUGUUCUCAAUUUCUUCAAGGUGUUUGAGCCUGUUAUUGAAGGUAAUCUGAAGAUUUCUGCUGAAGAGAUUGAGACGGCACUUAUUAUACCAAACAACUCUCUUGCUCAGCUUCACGUAGCGCUCUUAAAGGGAAUUCCGCCUGUAAGUAAAAACCUGAAGGACCCCAAUGCUUGGGUCGUGGCGCUCUCUAAGAAGCUCAGCAUGUGGUGGCCGUGGGUUGCUGAGGGGGAUUUUCCAUUGAUUGCAGCUAAAGGGGAGGAGACGGCAACAUACAAAGAACUUGAUCCUACAGUUCGUCUUGUACUUCUUAAAGCGCUCUGCGAGAUUCGAGCUGAUCAACAUGAUGUGGUGUCUUACAUCAACAAUGCAGUAAAAGUUAAGAACGAGCUUUCUACUUUCCGAAAAGAUAACAUUGGGAAAGAUGGAAAAGGGACUUCAUAUUGGUGUGAUGGCAAUGAAAUCAUUGGUUUUAGAUUGUACAAGGAAGUAAAUACUUUUAGGAAAAAUGAAAAACUACCAACCAUUAGUUGUCAAUGGGAAACACUUGCAACCAACCUAGAGGAGUUCCAGAAAGUUGUGGAUGAAUAUUCUUCUAGUAAAUCAAAAGUAGAAGUUGCUGUUAGCGUUGCUGUUGAAACUGAAGUCAUUCCCGUUCUUAAUAAACUUGAAAAGAAGAAACAAAGAGCAUUGCAGAAGAAAAAAGAUGAAGAGAGGGUCAUAAAUAAUUUCUGUAGAACUGGAAUCACGCGUUCCUGCCGUAGUCGCAGACCUAUCAGCUACACAUUUGAUGAAUACGACAAGGCCAUUAAUGAAGCCAUACGAGAAACCAAGAGAAUGAAAACCAAAGAUGAACAAAGGAAUGAGAAAAAAGAAAAUGCAGUGAACGAGAAAAAAGAAACUGUCGUGAACGAGAAAAAAGAAGCUGCAGUGAACGAGGAGAAAGAAGCUGUAGUGAACGAGGAUUCGGAGCAAGAGGAUGAAUCCAUGGAUGGCGAGUCCACUGAAUCUGAAUCUGACUCGGAAAGCAGCAAGCUUGAAACCGAAGAUGUUUCUGAAGACAGCAGGCAGGAGUCUGAUGAAGAAGAAGCUCAUGCAAACGAUGACGACGACGAUAACAAGGAAAACAUGAACCAUAGCAGCGAAAACGGGCUAGUUCUAAAUUCUCGUAUUCAAAAUGGCAGCUAUAAAACAAGAGGAAGCAAGAAAAUCAUUGCGAAUGGUGGCGAUCCUAUGAAACAGAUGGGAAACUAUGGUGCAAAGAAGCGAUUGAGGCAAAGGCCUAACCGCAAUACCGCCCUCGAGUCUGCGGUUGUUCCCGACUCGGAAGACGAAAUUUCCAGCGAUAGUUAA